AAAGGUGUGAAACCUGUGAUGAAGCCAGCUGGAACCAAAAUCCAGCCUCAGAAGAAAGCAGAGAGUUCCAGCUCUGACUCAAGCAGCUCAGAUGAAGAAGCACCAAAGAAACAGCCACCAAAACCAGCAACACCUAAAUCGGGAAUUAAAGCUGCCCAGGCAGCCACCAAGGUGGUCAAUGGAAAAGCAGCAGGCAGUAGCAGUAGUAGUGAAGAUUCUGAUGAGGAAAAAACUGCACCAAAGAAGGCUGUUCCGAAGAAAUCACCUCUGCCAAAACCUGCAGCCACUCAACCAUGUCCAGGAAAAAACAAACGUGCCAAAGAGAGUUCCAGUAGCGAGGACUCAUCUGACAGUUCAGACGAUGAAAAGCCACCCGCAAAACAAAAGCCAAAGUCUGGUCCAUACAGUGCUGUGCCACCUCCUCAAGCUACACAGACCAAGAAAGGCCUUGCCAAGGCUCCUGCAAAAAAGGCUGAGAGCAGUGACUCUUCAGACAGUAGUGAUGAGGCAGAGGAGGUGCCCUCAAAGGGAGGAGCAGUCAAAGCAGUAGCAGCUAAAACAACCCCUGCCUCCCAAAAAAAGGCUGUGACUACCAAGAAGGCUGAAUCCAGUUCUGACAGUGACUCAGAUUCUAGCUCUGAGGAUGACAAGAAGAAGGUAGGGAAUAAGCUCCCAGCUAAACAACCUGUGGUGAAGAAUACUUCAAAACCAGCAAAAGUAGCUGUCAAGCCUGGACAAGCGAAGAAAGAUUCCAGUUCAUCCUCAGACAGCUCAGAUUCUGAUAGCUCUGACAAGAAAGCCCCUGUGAAGCCCACAACUAAAGCAGCAAUGCCUGCAACAAAUAAGUCACAAGCUGCCACAAAGAAAACACAAAGUAGCUCUGAUUCAGAUAGCAGCUCCAGCAGCUCUGGUGAUGCAAAGAAGAAGAAAACCACUCAAGCUAAAUUAGCUGGCAAAGUGGGUAAGCCAGUGUCCAAACCUUCUACCCCAGCUUCCAAAGCAGACAGUUCUGACUCUGAUAGCUCAAGCAGUGAAGAAGAAAAGAAGCCAGCAGUGAAACCAGCCGUGAAACCUACAGGGACAGCAAAAGCAAGUGUGGGGAAGAAGGCAGCUGCUUCUAGUAGUAGCAGCUCAUCCGAUAGUUCCAGUGAAGAGGAUGAGAAGCCCAAAAAGGCAGCAAAAGGGACCCAGAGCAAUUCUAAGACCGCUGCAUCCACAGAGAAGGCAAAAGCAUCCACGCCAGCAGCAAACAAUGUGAAGUCUAAGCCAGCUGGUGGCAGCAGUAGCAGCAGUGAAAGCAGCUCUGAAGAAGAGACUAGAAAAGUCAAUGGAGGCACAAUCGGGAAGAAACAAAAGAGGGAAGAUGUUCAGGAGCCAGAGACACCACACAGUAAAAAGGCAAAGAUCAAAGCUAAAACACCACACACAGUUCCCAAGGUGAAGCGGGUGACGUCUCCAUUCCGCCGCGUAAGGGAAGAAGAAAUUGAGGUGGAUGCCCGUGUUGCUGAUAACUCAUUUGAAGCAAAGAAAGGAGCAGCUGGUGACUGGGGUGAGAAGGCUAACAAUAUCCUCAAAUUCACUAAAGGCAAGUCUUUUCGCCAUGAGAAGACAAAGAAAAAACGAGGCAGCUACCGUGGGGGCACUAUAUCGACCGAAGUCAAUUCCGUCAAGUUUGAAAGUGACUGA